UCUCUUAAUUUCGCGACACGAGGGAUAGAGUGAGAAGCAAAGCUAAAGUUUCCUUUCGGCAUCUCUCUCCAUUGCUCUCCAAAGUCUCUUUACGAACAACAGAAAAGAAAAGAGAGAACAGAAAAGCGAUAUCCGAUUGAUUCAACGCCUCAGAAUUCUAGUAUUUCAGAAGCGAGCUAUGGCUCUCGUUUCACAGGCUGGUUCGACUCACCGGAUUGGUGUUGAAAGUAUACGAUGCAAAGGAGGAAACUAUGUGGCGUUCAGUGUGUCGGCUCAUAUGGAGUCGUUGAAGAUGAAGGAAACUCCUAUCGGUUCUUCUUUAUCGUGUUGCUCUGGGAAUAUCACGCAUGGUUUGCAUAUAGACAGCACGAGGAUGGCGUCGAGACGAGGGGGCAGGGUGAUUGUUGCUGCGAGUCCUCCUACCGAGGACACUGUAGUUGCUACCGAGCCGCUGACAAAAGAGGAUCUCGUAGCUUAUCUAGCUUCUGGAUGCAAGUCCAAGGAAAAAUGGAGAAUUGGUACAGAACACGAGAAGUUUGGUUUUGAGUUUGGAACAUUACGUCCCAUGAAGUAUGAACAAAUAGCAGCGUUGCUGAAUGGGAUUGCAGAGAGGUUUGACUGGGAAAAAGUAAUGGAGGGUGACAAAAUUAUAGGACUCCAGCAGGGAAAACAAAGUAUAUCACUGGAGCCUGGUGGUCAAUUCGAACUUAGUGGUGCCCCUCUUGAAACUUUGCAUCAAACCUGUGCUGAAGUUAAUUCACACCUUUACCAGGUGAAAGCUGUAGCUGAGGAAAUGGGUAUUGGAUUUUUAGGAAUUGGAUUCCAGCCUAAAUGGAGACGCGAAGACAUACCUAUAAUGCCCAAGGGACGAUAUGAGAUUAUGAGGAAUUACAUGCCCAAAGUAGGUUCACUUGGACUGGAUAUGAUGUUUAGGACAUGCACUGUGCAGGUUAAUCUAGAUUUUGAUUCAGAAGCUGACAUGAUCAGAAAGUUCCGAGCAGGCCUUGCUUUACAACCUAUAGCAACUGCUCUAUUUGCAAAUUCACCAUUUACUGAAGGAAAGCCAAAUGGUUUUUUGAGCAUGAGAAGCCAGAUCUGGACUGAUACUGAUAAUGACCGGACUGGCAUGCUUCCAUUUGUUUUUGACGACUCCUUCGGAUUUGAGAAGUAUGUUGAUUAUGCCCUCGAUGUUCCAAUGUAUUUCAUAUAUCGGAAAAAGAAGUAUAUUGACUGUUCUGGAAUGUCCUUCAGGGACUUUAUGGCAGGAAAACUCCCUCCCGUUCCUGGAGAACUUCCUACCCUUACUGAUUGGGAAAAUCAUUUGACCACGAUAUUUCCAGAGGUCAGAUUGAAGAGAUACUUGGAGAUGAGGGGUAGUGAUGGAGGUCCUUGGAGGAGAUUGUGCGCUUUGCCAGCAUUUUGGGUUGGUUUAUUAUAUGACGAGGUUUCCCUGCAAAAUGUUUUGGACAUGACAGCUGACUGGACACCCGAAGAAAGACAGAUGUUGAGGAAUAAGGUUCCAAUAAGUGGUUUCAAUACACCAUUUCGUGAUGGGUUGCUGAGGCACGUUGCUCAAGAUAUUGUUAAGUUGGCAAAGGAUGGCUUAGAGAGAAGAGGUUUCAAGGAGUCGGGCUUCUUGAAUGAGGUGACUGAAGUAGCUAGAACAGGCGUGACACCAGCUGAAAAGCUGUUGGAAUUGUAUAAUGGGAAGUGGGGACAAAAUGUAGAUCCAGUUUUUGAGGAGCUGCUAUAUUGAGCUUUCAUCUCUUGUACUGUAACAUUGCAAUGGACCACUGGUAUGUUGUCCACUUUGUGUGUAAGGUAGUUUACCUACAAAUCUCAGCUUUAAUUAUUCUCAUUCUCCUUUGAAUUAUUGGAACUGAUACACGAACAAUUUUACUAGCAUACCGAAACUUCUUCCUAGCUUGGUAUCCGUAGUUGUUGUAAUUCUAUGAUGGUCUUCUUUGGAUUGUGGUAAAUUGCAACCACAAAAACUAGAGGAUGAUCAUUGUAGAGAAGCAUCAGCUCAUUGAGCCAUUUCACUGUCGUGUCAUUGACAGCAAGCAAUAAACCUUCUGUUCAUGCUUGGAUCUUUAAGAAGACAAAAACUCAAAACAGUCUUAAUUUCUACUGUUAAUGGUUACUGUUUUAGAUCCUUUGGAUAAACAAAACAAACAGACAAAAGAUGGGUGAGGAUUCCUCCCGAUUCGUUUGUGUUUGUAGAAGAGUUCUGCUUGGUAGAGAUU